CAGCUGGGAAGAUUAGACAAACAGAGUCUCUCUUUCGCCAUCAGUCUUCCUCUCAGAUUCCCUACAUCCACAGCAUCCCUGGCCACACGCCUUUACCAUUACCCAGUAACUUUAAGAGAGUGUGCGGAGAUUCAGUUGAAAAAGAUCCUCGCUAAGAUCCAAGCGUUUCUGACAAGUCCAUCAUGAGUACCUUUGGGUACCGAAAGGAGCUGAAGAAGUAUGAAUCAAUGGAUGAAGAUGAGGUGUUGGCUGGCUUGUCAUUUGAGGAGCUUCAGGAGCUGGAGAGGGAGCUGGCGGAUAUGGACCCGGAUGACAACGUACCUAUUGGGCUGAGGCAGAAAGACCAGACCGCCAAGACCCCCACAGGCACCUUCUCCAGAGAGGCACUGCUGAAAUACUGGGAGGACGAGACACGCAAACUGCUAGAGGAUGACAGAUCUGAAUCAUCCCCUGAACAUGAUAGAAUGGAGGAAGGACAGACUGAUAAGAGCGAAGAGGAAUGUGUGACAGAGAGUGACAGUAACAGCACAGAGUCUGAGGACUGUGAUGAGGAAGAGGAACGCCAAAAUAGAAGGGAAGGGAGCGAAGACGAGGCAGGUGAGGAUGAGGAUGAGAAUGAUUCAAUUGAGGCUGAAAAUGAAGAGGAAAAGAAGGACAAAUGCAAACAGGAGCCUUUACCAACUUCUGGUAGACAUGGGCAGAACGCUGUUGACCACCUGUCAAGAAACCUAGAGAAUUGUUCUGAAAGGGGAGACUUGAGAACAACAAUGACUGACCAAAACCUAAAUGUGACUCCAGAGAGACCUUGUGGGAACCCUAUCGUGAUUGACGAGGCACUUGAACGGAUCCUUCGCGAUGACCCAACGAUGAGCGAGCUCAACUUCAACAACAUCGAAGACAUCUCUCAGGAGACCUUGCUGCGUAUCUCCGAAGCACUGAGCGCCAACACACACGUACGUGUUUUAAGCCUUUCUAACACCCGAGCCAAUGACCGGGUUGCCUUUGCCGUCUCCAAGAUGCUCAGAGAAAACUGCUCCAUCACCAACCUCAACAUUGAGUCCAACUUUGUGUCUGGCCGGGGAAUCUUGGCGCUGUUGGCAUCGCUCCAACAAAACAGUACUCUGGUGGAGCUGCGCUUCCACAACCAGAGGCACAUCUGCGGGGGGCAGGUUGAGAUGGAGAUGGUUCGCCUCCUGAGGGACAACAGCACCCUCCUCAAGCUGGGCUACCAGUUUGAUCUGCCAGGCCCCAGGAUGACCGCCACCAGUAUUCUGACCCGCAACCAGGACCGACAGAGGCAGAGACGGCUGCAACAACAGAGGGAGAAAGGCCAUCCAGAAGCAACAGUCCAGCCCAAGGCUGAUGCCGGGACAACAGGCCUAGUUUCUGUAUCGCCUCCUUCAAACAAACCACCCUGGUUCUCUCCAAGACAUGCGAGGAAUGACCAGACCCCAAAUAACAUCCCUCCUCCACCUCCCCCACUCACUGGCCUUCAGUCUGAGAGGAAUACACCAACCAGGAAGAUUGCAGAGACGAUCAAACAACAUGAAGGGAGUACAAAGGGUCAAUCAGGCCAAAAGAAACCCAAAUCCAAGAGGGUCAAAAAUGGGGCCAAUAAGAAGUGCAGCUCUGACAUUCUCAAGGAGCUGAAGAAUGCCUUGAAGCCUUCUUCACGAAAGAAGAAAGACAACCCACCCCAGCCACCAGCACCUCUGAGCUCAACCCGUGAUGAUCUGAUGGCGGCCAUUCGUGGUAGCAGCAUUAGAUCACUCAAAAGUGUGACUCUCCAGCCGGAUCUAUGUUAACGUUGUGGUAGGAGAGGUUAUAUCCAACCUGAUCAAGAGCUGUUCUCCACAAAUACUGCACCCACUUCAUUCUGUACUCAUAAAAAAAACAUGAACCAUUUGUACCACAAAUGCUACAUAUAUAAAUACAAGUAUAUUAAAAUAUAAUUUGUUUAUGUAUUACCAUGAAACUUUCUGCUUGGAAAACUGUUGACACAUUAUACAUAUGAUUUUGUUAGUGUUAUGUAAAUAUUUUAUAUUACUACCUGUCACGUAGUGAAAAAUACAACACUGGACUUGAUUGCAUAUUAUGAACGGGUCGCAAUUUAUAGAUUAACAAUCCAUAAUAUUACUGCUGUUCAAUAGUCAUUUCAAUUAAUGAUUUAUACCCAUUGAGUCAUCACAGAAAUCUUAACUACAAACUGGUUAAAUGUAGGCUUAGGGAAGAUCCAAAAGAUAAGCCUUCUCCCAUCCUAGCCAGGAUUAAAAUGACUUGGAACAAAAUUAGAACACAUUAAUGCUAUCUGUAACUAAAUCACCUUUAAUCCCACCUUGCAGCUUCAUGUGUCUCUUGGAAUUGUUCCCAAUUCCUUAAAGUUAAUUUUGAGAAAAUCCUUAUAAUUGUAGUGUGUCAUAUAUUCAAAAGCCUUUUCAAUGAAAUGACAUAAAAAUGUCAAUUUAAAUGUGGAAAAUGUCAUUUAAACAAGAUUCAUAGGGCUGGGAAUGGAGGGAAAGACAAAGUGAGGAAUAGCGUUAUAGUGUUACUGACAGGUUAUGACAGUGACAUGUCAGACGCACCACAGGAAGAAUUGGAACAAAUGCUUAAAAUAAGGUAUUGUCACUCUGUACAACUUCACUCAAGCAAAGUAAUUCAGUUUAGGGAAGCCAUCUGGGUUGAACAACUAUUGUCAUACAUAAUACAAAAAUUAGAUUUUACUGUUCUAUAUUUACCUUGUACAAAUUGUGCAAGUUCUCCCACUUAAAAAGAUGAGAGAGGCCUGUAAAAUACU